UUGAUAUAUUAAAAUCGCAUUUAAAUCGUAUAGUAUUAUAUAUAUCAUAUUCGUAAAAAGUAAUAUAUGUAGUUACCAAAAAUAUUGCUGUAAACUAUCGAUCGAUAAAACGUAGUAAAUAAACGAUAAAGCAUAAAAGAACACUAUUAAAACGUUUCAAAACAAAAAUAUAUAUAUAUAUAUAUAUAUAUAUAUAUGUGUAUAUAUUGUUUUUUAAUUAUAUGUGAAAUUCAUCAUCAUCGUAAAAUUAUGGCACAUUUUUCGAGUGCUAAUGAUGACAACGAUGUGCUUGUUAAUGAAAUCGAAAUUUUAUUUCCAGAAAUCACAGAAGACGAUAAAAUAAGAACGGCUGAAUUUUUGAAUGCAGCACGAGGCAUUGUGCGAAUUGUUGAAAAACUUGGCAAAGUAUUCGCACCAGUUAAAUAUGAUAUUAAUGGUAACAUUGACAAACUUGAAACGAGAUAUGCAACGAAUAAAGAAAAAAAUGUAAUUUUACAAGACAUGAUUUUAAUUGAAAAAGCUACCGAGACUAAUUUAAUCGCAACAGAUGCUUUACUAUGGUUAACAAGAGCAUUACAUAUGAUUUUACUUUUUUUCGAGAAAAUUGUAGAAGAUGCUAAAACAACUACACCAACAGAAGAUCUAGUUGCAUUUUUAAAAAAAUCUUAUAAAGAAGCUUUAGAACCAUAUCAUGGUUGGAUGGCACAACAACUUUUUGAUCUACUUUCACGUAUGGUUCCUACGCGUUUGCAACUUUUACAAGCACUUACCAAUAAACAAAAUAUUGAAAAUGAUAUUGUUAUUAACAAUAUAGAAACAUAUUUAAUACGUUUACGAAAAAAUGUAUCAGUAAUACAAUUAUUUUAUAAAACUCAUAAUCUUGAUACCUAAUCAUGAUAUAAAACAUUAUUAAUUAAAUAGGCUUAUAUGUAUUAGGCAUUGCAUUGAUUAGAAAUUUUUACCAAACAAAAAAUCAGACAUCAUUCUGUAUUUUAAUAUAAAAAUUAUAUACUUGUUCUA